AAUGCAUUUUUAUUAAAUCAACAGGAAAAUUGGAAACCUAGCAUUGCUUUUGUUGUUGGGAACAAAAUCGAGGAUGAAGUCCACACACAAGCCUUGUCUCUUGCUGUGCAGGUGCCACAGCGGAAGCUCUUCAGUGUGGUAUCGUGGGAAGGAAUUUUGGAACAGAUAAUGGAAGCUGGAAAUCAAAAGGGAAAAAAGGUUAAAGAUGUGCCUAUGUAUUAUGAGGUGAUAGAGGCAGCCAAAGCCAUUCUGGAUACUGGAGAGCAGCUUCCCGUAACACUGAUUGGAAAACUCUUGAAAUUUCAGCUGCUUUGCAUCAAACAGAACGAUCUGCAGAGAAGAGCAGCUGAAAAGAAGGCAGCAGAAGAGCAAGAGAAAGAGAAAGAAAAAGACAAAGGGAAAGCUAAACCUCCUGGUAAGAAGGAAAAGCCAGCCAAUGCCAAAUCUGCAGGAAAAGGAGGAAAGGGAAAGAAAGCCGAAGUAGUACCAACAACAAUUACUGUUAAAAAGGACACAACACUAAAGCGCCGGGGAGAAGAGGAGGAAGAUUACAAAUACUUGGAUGAUGAACCAGACGAUGGUGCCCAAUAUUACUACAUAGUUUUGGGUUUCCACAAUCCUCAGUUAUUGCCUGUGCUCUCUGAGCUUGGAGUCAGUAUUUCAAAUGUAAUUAAGAUUUCUUCUGAAAAUUAUGAACCAUUGGAGACAUACUUGUCAGGAGCUAAGUUGGAAGAAGAAUCAUUACUUAUACCUGAGGUUGUAGAAGCUGAACAAAAGAAGAAAGCUAAAGCUAUCAAGGACCUGGAAACAUUCUGGAAAUACUUGGAGCCAGUUCUGAACAGUGGGAAACACGGAUCAACUCUCUUUGAUGUUGCCAGACUUCAUCACGUGGUAAAGGAAAAUACCUUUCCUCCAGACUGGACUAACAGUGAAAUGAUGCUUGCAUUUGGAACUGUGCUUUUUGAAAGCAUUGCUUGCUUGAUGUAUGACUGCCUGGACUGGAAAAGACAACAUCAGCACUACUUGGAAAGCACCAAGUUUAUUAAUGUCCCUGUAAUAACGAAGACCAAACAGGCACAAAAAGUUCCUUCAACUAUCCCUUCAAAGAAGAAAGUACAAACAGAAGAAAUUCUAGUACCAGCAAUUCUAUCACAGGAGGAAGAAGCUACUUUUCUGCCUCCUUUUGUGGACAUGAGAUAUUACAAUGACUUGCUAAGUCAGAUUCCUGAAGAAUUCAUUUCUGUUCCUUUGAUAAUGAACUGCAUGUUGGAACAGGUCAUUGCAGGUGAAGAAAGUCUUACACCACCAAGUCUGGUGGUCCCAGAACCACGAGCAGAUGGGCUGGAUCAUAGCCUUGCUAACCAUAUAGUCUCUAUCCUUCCCUCUCUUGCCCUCUCUGAGAGUGAAAAAAAGAAUCUCUACAACUCCUUUUUUCUUAAUGACAAUGAAGAAAAUACUGUGGUCCCUGAAUGGCCUCUUCUAUUAAACUACCAUGAUACUUUGUCUCAGAAGCUACACCUGCUAAAGGUCCAAGGGGUCUUAAAUCCAGAAAAGAUUGAACAUGAUAUGAUGGACAAACUACCAUUGGUGGAACUUCUUCAAUUCCCCCUUCCUCCACCUUGGAGCAACUCUAAACGCUUGGCCAGAGUGCAUGAACUCAUGCAUUAUUGCACCAGUGAAUACUUGAGUUGGGCUGAAGUAGAAAGAGCCUUUAAAGUGUUUACUUUUGAAAGCCUGAGACUGACUGGUUUGGAUGACUCUGGCUUAUUGGAGGGCUCAGGGUUGAUGCUUGGAGGUGAUUAUGAAGUAUCUUAUAUCCCCUGGGAUAAUCCAGCCAGGUUUGCAAGACAUCUGAGACGACUGUCAACUGUGGAAAACCUGUUUGAUGAGAAAACUCCCAAUGGCUCAGAACCUACCCUAAAAGAAAAUGUGCAGUUUUGUAGUGAAGAUUUUUUGAAAUUGAAUCAGGAAGAGAGCAGCAAAGGACAAUCAGGAUCUUGCUUUUCAGUUCAUAUAGAAAAUAAUGACAAAGGUGGAGGAGACAGUCUGGAUGAUCCCCUUAUAAACAAAGUUAAACCACAAAGGUGUGGCACACAGACAGAUUUAGAGGAAAUACAAAAGACUCAGCAGCGACAUUUGACAGACUGGACUUUUGCUGAACAUUAUGAGCCACGUCUUCUUCUUCAGGUUUUACACAAUGCAACCCAACAGUACAGGUGUAUUGAUUCCUAUUACCAUACCCAAGAUAACUCUCUGCUUAUAGUUCUUCAUAAUCCAAUGAACAAACAUCGUCAGUGCAAGGAAUCCUGGGAUAUUGCACUUCACACUGAUGUUGGAUUCAGGAACUAUCUGGAACUGGUAGCCAAUUCAAUUGAAGACUGGGUGACAAAGGAAGAAGUCAAGUAUCAGGAAGAAAAAAUUGCUAAGGAACAAGAGGCCCUUAAAUUAGCUUCUGAGGAUAUACCUAAUGCCUCCACUAGCAAAAAUGCUGCAUCUCCUAAGAAAAUAAAAAGCAGUGCAUCAAGACCAGACAGUAGAGCAGAGGUCACACCGGAACUUCCAGAAAAAAAUCUUUUUAUCAGAGAAGGCUCCCUCAAGGCUUGGAAGGAAGAGCAAGAUCGACUACUAGAGGAAGAACGACAAAAGGAAGAAAAGAAAGCAGAGAAGAAAGAAAAGUCAGGGGGUAAAAAGAAAGGACAGGGUAAGGAGAUACCAGUUCCUGAAGACAGCAAGGGGCCCAAGACAAAAGCUUCUAAAGAGAAGUCUAAAGAUGAGCCAGCAAAACCCCCUGAACUUGAGGAGCACAGUACCCCAGCCCCACCUUCUGAGAAAUUUUAUGAGUUUCUUGGCUACAACUUGGGGGAGAAUCUCAUUCAAGUCUCAGGGACCAGUCAGUAUCUUUUCCCCACUGACGGAGGACAGAUUCAAGCAGAAAAGAUAACAUUUGAGAAAGGGACAACUUUAGUAAAAAUGAAGGUGGUAAAGGAUCACCACAGUUUCUUCAUUCACAUCACAGACCCCAAGAAAAACUUGAUAGAACUUGAAGAACAAGAAAUGAGCAACUCUUUGGAAGGGAAGCAGAGUGAGCCAGGAAAAUUGAUAAAUCAUAAGAAAGCUGUGAGCCAUUUUGGAUCUUUUUCAGCCACUUUAGAAAAUGGAAUCCACCUGUCCUUGAGCUACUAUGGAGCUACAGGAAAAGCAGCAGAUGAUACAGACCCUAACUUAGCAACAAUUCUGAAUAUCCCCUCCAUACAUAUUCCAACUGUUGCUCCAGUUCCUGUUGCUGCUUCCGUUUCCUCAGGAAAAAGCAACAAGUCACUGAAACAAAAAUCAGCAAAAGCUCUACAGUCUUCCAAAGGGAGCCAUAUUAGAUUAAUCAAUUCACCACCAGAAGAGUCUGCAAAGCAAGAAGAGAAAAAGGUGGAAAUAGAACCAGUAACAUCUCAAAUACAAGUGAUGCCAGAUGUCCCAGCUUUCCAGACUUUGAAUGUCUCCUGCCCUAAUGGGCUGGUAUUGACUUUCCUGGGUCAAAGUUCAGUAGAUUUGAAAGCUGAGUCUAAGGAAGCUCACACCAAGUCAGAUGAAACCAACGAAAGUGAAACCAAGGCAGAAAAAUCCAAGCAACUUUCUCUGGAAAUCCUAGUUAGGCAGAGUUAUCCCUUAAGGGUGAAGCAUUCCCAUCUGUACAAGGCAGUGAUGAAACCAGUAGAACAGGAGGUGUCUAGGGUCAUUACCAGACAAGGAACUGUCGUUAAGUACAUGAUUGAUGGAUCCACCCAGAUUCUUUUUCCUGAUGGCACAGUGAUCAAGAGUCCUGAUUCUGGCCCAGUUCUAACACCAUCACCUGCAGCUAGUACACCAUCAUCCACUGUUGAGAGCACCCUACAGACCCAAUCAUUACUAAAACCAGAGCUUUCUCCUGAGAUCAGCACUAAAAAAGGAAAGGGUGGACAGAAGGGUAACACAGGAGCAGUAACCAAAUCUGAGUUGUCUGAAUCUGUGGUCCAUGAACCCCUGCCUACUGGGCUACAAUCUGGGGACAGUCAGACAGGCACCUGGAUAACAACCACUCCAUCAGGCAUUCAAGUGGGCACUAAAGGAGCAGACAGAAUGGAUUUGAAACCACUGUUAACUUAUCAGGCAACUGACCCAGUUAAUGGAAUGAUUAUGGUAAUACGAGAAGACAAGGUGCUAAUGGUUCAGAAAAUGGAUGAUACCAAGAUAGUGGAUCAUGCUGAUGGUACUAGAAUCACCACAUUUUAUCAAGAUUAUGAGGAACCUUUGGUAUCUGAGAAUAAUGAAGAAAUAGGUGCAUCCCCACAAAUCAUCAGAAGAAAAGUCAAAUGUAUCAGAGUGGAGAAUCCUGACUUUGCUACUGUUAUAACAAACUGUGAAGAUGGCACCUGUUGUACUAUCUUUGGAGAUGGGACAUCUGUUAUAGCAAAGCCACAAGGAACAUAUCAGGUAUUACCCUCCAGUACUGGCUGCCUUUUCAUUGAUGAUGAUUGUUCAGCAGUUUAUUCCCAGGCGAUUUUCAAUAAAACUCAGUUUCUCUGCAACCAGGAGGAGAAACAAUCAGGGAGAUAUGUUAUGAAACACACCUCCAAUGUCAUCUGUGAGGUGCUGGAUCCUGAGGGAAACCUUUUCAAGGUCAUGGCUGAUGGCAGCACAUCUGUGUUCAUUCCCAGCAUUGAUUCUGAUGGUGAGGAAGAUGGAUACUUAUCACCAAUACCAAAAGAAGUUAGUACUCCUGUCACAUAUGGUGAACAUGCCCCCAGGUUCUUCAUUGUCUAUGCUGAUGGUUCAGGGACUGAACUCCUACGGAACAGUGAUAUAGAAGAAUACCUUGCUGUGGCAUAUGGCGAUCCAGCUACUGCAGUCUUGCAGGAGCCAGUACAAGAAUGUCCAGGUGUUCUAAGUAUUAUUGUUCUUCGUCCACUGACUGAAACAUCUCCUUGGAUAAUGAAGAAAGAAUCAUCUAAUAUUAUUCCUCCUAGCCUCCAGUCCAGGAACUGGGAUACAUUUCCUCCACUUGAGAGGAAGAUUCCAGGUCCACCAUUUGGCACACACAUUUGGAAAGGUCUGUGCAUAGGAUCCAAACAGCUAACUAGCUCUCCAGCACCUGUACUAAAAUGCCCGAAUGUGCUACAAAUCCGACAGCUGAUCCAGUAUGAACCAAUCACUGAUGAGCUGAGACAGAAGUUGCAGUUGUCCCUCAAGGAGUACAUAGACUACAUCCUGAAACAAGAAGACGAAAUGCAAGAGAUGACCAUUAAAGAACCAAGAACAGAGGAAGAAAAGGGUAAUGCUGCUGACCUCCUAAAACUGGUUAUGGUGAGAGAACUUCAUUUUGAUUUGUUUCUUUUCAGUAUCAACAAUUGUAUAAUUCUUCCAUUGGAGAAAUCAUCAAAAGAUCUCAACACAAGAGCUCACAUAGCUGAGUUAUAUGAGCAGGCUGUGGAUUCUCAGCUCCAAACUCCACCAAGGAAGACAGUAUCAAAGCAAACAGAAGACUAUUGGCAGAGUUUCAGCAAGGACAGAUUAAUGCAGGAAUCUCGCUGGCAGACAAAAUUAAAACAAUGCAGGCAGGAAAUUGAUGAAGGAAGAAAGUGCCUAAUAGGAAUAAGCAAUAGAAUAAUUCCACCCUAUUUUGAAUCUGAACUUGGCAAGGAAUUUCUCCUGAAAGAGUUCCCUGACGUGGAUUCGCUUUCAAAAGAACUUCCUCCAUUUCCAAAGAAAGAGAAAGAAGAGUCAUAUUUGGGGGUAGUCACAGAAUUGUUUAGGUCUUCGUUAAAGCUCAGUGCAGUAUGUACAGCUCCAUUUUCCCCAACCAAUGAUUCCCCACCCUCGCUGACCCCUCGGGGACACGGUCCUUCAGCACAGGCUGAAGAGUCCAGCAGAGCAGAAAUGGAAACAGUUGUGUGCACAUCUGGGAUACCUUUCCAGCCUCAUGCCCGGAGUCUGCUGGUGGAUGCUGCCGGGCAGCCAAGAAAAGAGAAGGUGAAAUUACCAUUAUCUAUUCAGGGGGGCAAGCCAGAAUCUGUGCCCAAGGAAAAGGUAAAAGAUCCUGUUGGGGGAAAAGUCAACACAGCUUCUGUUGCAACAGCAACCCAGUAUCUUUGUGGAUUCCAUCUUAUCCCACCUAAAGUGAUAUUUGGCGUGCUGAAGGAGGGCUGUACUUACGCUGCCACAGUCAUUCUGAAGAAUGUUGGAGUGGACUUCAUGAGGUUUCGGGUGAAGCAGCCACCUCCCAACACAGGACUGAGAGUGAUUUAUAAACCAGGACCUGUGGCAGCAGGAUUGCAGGCUGAACUGGAGAUCGAGAUUUAUGCCAUGGCAAUUGGAGUGGAAGGAUCCGAGGGUUCUGGAGAAAUUUCCCACCGUAUUGAAAUUUUAACAGAGAGAGAGACUCUCUUCCUGCCUGUGGAAGCAACAGUGCUAACAGGCAACAUCUAUGAAUGCAGACCAUUGGGCUACCCGCAGGGAGGAAAAGCAGCCAUGGUCCAGCUGGUUUCUACGAGUCCUGGCCCCAGGUUCAGGAUUAUCCUACCCCACAAACUUGAUCAGUCCAGGAGGGGUAACAUCGAAACCAGCAGCACUGAAAGACCUGGAUUUUAGUCCAACAUUACUAUAUAAAUAUUAUCCCAGUAAAUGUAAUGCCCAAAUCAAAUCACACCUACUUAUUAAAGUUUUGUUUCCUUUCACCAGCCUCAGUCUAG